AUGACUGGAUUGGAUUUAUCAAGUAAUAAUUUGAGUGGUAGCAUUCCAGCAGAGAUCGGAGAACUACGAGAAAUCAUUGCCUUGAAUCUCUCGCACAAUCGGUUAUCAGGAUCAAUACCAGAAAGCUUUUCCAAUUUGAUAAACAUUGAAAGUUUAGACCUUUCCAACAAUAAUUUGAGUGGUAAAAUACCUCAAAACCUAAAUGAUUUAUACUCUUUAGCCAUAUUCAAUGUCUCAUACAACAAAUUGUCUGGGAAAAUUCCAACCACAAUGCAGUUUGCAAAUUUUGAUGAGAAUAACUAUAGAGGUAAUUCAGAUCUUUGUGGAUCUGUUCUCAAUAUAAGCUGCAAUGAUACCAUUUUCUCAACAUUGGAGACAAUGCAAAAUCAGACUGCAAUGGAUAUGGAGUCCUUCUAUUGGGGUUUUGCUGCAUCUUAUGUCACACUUGUCAUUGGGUUGGCAAUAAUUAUUCUUUGGGUUAAUUCUCAUUGGUGCAUGGCUUGGUUCUAUUAUGUUGAUAUGUGUAUAUUUUAUUGCUUCUCAAGGUGUUUUAAGAAUGCUUUCCAUUAG